AUGACCAAGAAACCUUUCUUCCUCAUAGCAUCCUCCCUAACCCUAAUCAUAAUCAUCCUCACCACUUUAUCAACAGCCACCAACAGCUUCCCACUCCGAAAACGUCUCCCCCGUCCCUUCGUCUCCGCACCACACCUCCGUCACGACCUCCACCUCCAAGACUCCACCACCAACAACAAUCCCUACCUCUCCGAGAUAAAAGAGUGGCUAUCCCAGCAACUACCCCCCUCCACCAACAACAACAAAAUGGGCAGCAACCCCUCUUCCUCCUCUCACGAAAACCCCAUCAUCUCCGACGUGCUACCCAAGAACCGUCUCAUCAACGUCUACGCCUCGCUAACCCGGCAAUUCGACAGUGUGGAAUCCCGCUUCAAUGAUCCCUCAAGCAACGUGACGGUCCUGGCACCGCGUAACAGCGCGAUCCAGGACUUGCCGCGCAAGCCGUGGGAGAAUCCUGAGGAUUAUGAGCGGUUUGGACAGGCCGGGGCGUAUGAGGGUGAUGAGGGGCAGGAUCGGGCUAGGAAGAAUCUGGAGAGGUUUGUGAAGGCGCAUGUUGUUGUGGGGAGUCCUUGGGGAGAGGGUGAUGAGGGGGUUACCCUUGCUGGGGAGAAGGUAACGUGGAAUAAAGGAGAGGGGGGGAAGAUUUAUAUUCAACCGGGGAAUGUGGAGGUGGAUAGUGUUGCUGAGAAGGUGUCGAAUGGGGAAUUGUGGAUUUUGAAUGGGGUCGUUAAUUAUACUUAG